GAAUAAUCCAAUUUUCUUCAGCACCGCGCGUUCUGUGUUAACAAUUUGAUCGCUGUUGUUUCUUACCGGAUGUAUAUAUUUGGCAAAAGCUGAUUGGCCACCUGAGAGAUUUUCACUGAGACCAGUCUUGAUUGAAUUUGAAUUCAAGGGGUGAUUCCAUUGCUGACACAAUCGAUACAACAUUAAAAUAUUCAGUAUAUAAGUUGCAAGAAACCAGGACAAUCACCAACUCUUCAACCUUCACCAUUUACAACUAACUUCUCUUCUUCUUCUCUUCCGCUGUCACCAAAUGAGGCCACGCACCACCUUGGAUGCUCCACUUCUCCCCAGCAAUGAUCUGCAUACUAUUAAGAAGAACAAGGGUUGGACCAGAAUUCUAUGGCUGCUUUGCGUUUUAUUAACUAUAUCAAUUGUUGGCCUCAUAUUCAAAGAUGACUUAAGUUGUUGGUUACUGAGAGGAGAAUACAAGUGCAAUGGAAGGAUUGAAUUGAAUGAUGCUGAUAUCAUUGAGUCAGAUCAAGGUGUUGUUGCAGCUGAUGAUGCUCGUUGUUCUGAAAUUGGCGCUUCAAUGCUUAGACAAGGUGGGCAUGCUGUUGAUGCUGCAGUGGCAACAGCAUUCUGCCUUGGUGUUGUUAAUCCAAUGGCAAGUGGAAUAGGAGGUGGGGCAUUUAUGAUUGUUCGUUCUUCAUCAACCUCCCAAACUCAAGCUUUUGACAUGAGAGAAACCGCCUCUCUUGCUGCUUCGCAGAAUAUGUAUGAAAACAAUCCUGAAGCCAAGUAUUCAGGUGCUCUCUCUAUGGGAGUUCCUGGUGAGAUAGCUGGCCUUCAUGAAGCUUGGUUGAAACAUGGGCGUUUGGCUUGGACUGCUCUGUGCCAACCUGCCAUAAAACUUGCCAAAGAUGGUUUUGCAGUUGCUCCAUAUCUUGGAUUAUGCAUAGCUAAAAAUGCAGAUAUGAUCGUUAAUGACCCAGGCUUAAGGAAAGUGCUUGCACCGAAUGGGAAAUUGUUACAAGCAGGUGAUACUUGCUACAAUGUUGAGCUAGCUCAAAGCCUAGAGGCAGUGGCAGAACAAGGACCACAAGCCUUCUAUAAUGGAACUGUUGGUGAGAAGUUGGUGAAAGAUGUGAGAGAGGCUGGUGGGAUUUUAACAAUGGAGGAUUUAAGGAAUUACAAGGUUGAUGUAGUGGAUGUAAUGUCUGUGAAUGUGCUGGGCUAUACUGUAUACGGAAUGCCACCGCCAUCGAGUGGAACAGUUGGGAUGUCCAUGGUUUUAAACAUCUUUGAUAGCUAUGGAAGUUCAGAUGCUGCAAAAGGAAAUCUUGGUUUACAUCGGUUAAUUGAAGCACUUAAACACAUGUUUGCUGCUAGAAUGAACUUAGGCGACCCUAAUUUUGUUGAUGUAAACAAAUCUGUGUCUGAAAUGCUUUCAUCAUCUUAUGCCAAGCAAAUUCAGCAAAAAAUAUUUGACAACACCACCUUCUCUCCAGACUACUAUAUGUACAGGUGGAGUCAGCUUAGAGAUCAUGGAACAAGCCAUUUCUGCAUCGUAGAUGCUGAUCGAAAUGCUGUGUCGAUGACAACUACUGUUAAUUAUCCUUUUGGAGCAGGGAUACUCUCUCCUUCUACGGGCAUUGUGCUCAAUAAUGAGAUGGGAGACUUCUCAAUACCCUCAGAGAUAUCCCCUGAUAAGUUACCACCAGCUCCAGCAAAUUUUAUCAAACCAAACAAGCGACCGUUGUCUUCGAUGACACCUGUGAUCAUUACUAAGGAUAAUCAACUGGCUGGGGUUAUUGGAGGAAGUGGUGGAAUGUACAUUAUUCCAGCAGUAACCCAAGUUUUUCUUAACCAUUUUGUCUUGGGGAUGGAGCCUUUAGCUGCUGUUCAGAAUCCAAGGGUCUACCACAAGCUAAUACCAAAUAAGGUUUUAUAUGAAAACUGGACUGUAAUUGAUGGUGAUCGCAUUGAGCUCGCGGAUGAAAGAAAGCUUUUCUUGGAAGAGAGGGGUCACCAGCUGGAGGCUAGAGCAGGGGGAGCUAUUGUGCAGCUUGUUGUUCAAAACCUGCAAAACCCCAUCAAGAUAGGCAGAAAAAUUGGAAAAGAUCAAAUAUUCCGAGGGACACUCACAGCUGUGAGCGACCCCAGAAAGAAUGGGAAGCCAGCAGCCAUUUGAUUUGGUACUCAUUUCCAGGUGGAUAUACAUAGCAGAAAGGUAAAUAGGCAAUUAGCCGGCCUUGCUCAGGAGCUUUACUGUAUAGUUAUUAUGUAGAUGUCAACACAUUUCAUGUACCUAUGUGAAUUGGGGAUCUACUCCUAUUGAAACAUGUCCUCAUCCACAAAGGAAAUUGUAUGAUCAAACAUUUUUCAGAUAUUAGUUCAAUAAAUUAUAAGAAUUGUAGCCUCA